GAAAAACUAAGAAGGGUUGUUUCUUCCCUACGCAGAUUCAGAGUGCGAAGUGUGAGAGAAAGACAAUGCCAAAGUCUCAAUUUAGAACCCUAUUUUUCAUUUCUUUUCCUCUUUUGUUAUUUAUCUUCAACAUCGCUCCUUCAUACGCUCUCUAUGGAGCCUCUUCACCCGUGCUCCAGCUCACUCCCUCUAACUUCAAGUCCAAGGUUCUGAAUUCAAAUGGAGUUGUUCUUGUUGAAUUUUUCGCCCCAUGGUGUGGACACUGUCAAGCUCUGACUCCAAUAUGGGAGAAGGCAGCUACUGUGUUGAAGGGUGUAGUUACUGUGGCAGCACUUGAUGCUGAUGCUCACCAAUCUUUGGCUCAGGAAUAUGGAAUUAGAGGAUUUCCAACUAUAAAAGUGUUUGCACCUGGAAAACCACCAGUUGAUUACCAAGGAGCCAGAGAUGUCAAACCAAUUGCUGAAUUUGCACUUAAACAGGUAAAGGCUCUUUUGAAGGAUAGGUUAAAUGGAAAAGGAAAAGCAACAGGAGGAUCAAAUGAAAAGACAGAAACCAGUUCUUCAGUAGAAUUAAACUCUGGCAACUUUGAUGAAUUGGUCCUCAAAAGCAAAGAACUUUGGAUUGUGGAAUUUUUCGCACCUUGGUGUGGACACUGUAAAAAGUUAGCUCCUGAGUGGAAGAAAGCAUCCAAUAAUUUGAAAGGGAAGGUUAAACUGGGCCAUGUUGACUGUGACGCUGAAAAGUCUCUAAUGAGCAGGUUCAAAGUUCAAGGAUUCCCAACAAUCUUAGUAUUUGGUGCUGAUAAAGAUAGUCCUAUUCCUUAUGAAGGUGCAAGAACUGCCUCAGCUAUUGAAUCAUUUGCAUUAGAGCAGCUAGAAACAAACAUUGCUCCUCCAGAAGUGACAGAGCUACACAGUCCAGAUGUUUUGGAAGAGAAAUGUGGUUCUGCUGCAAUAUGUUUUGUUGCCUUCCUUCCUGACAUUUUGGAUUCCAAGGCUGAGGGGAGAAACAGAUACAUUCAGCAGUUAUUAUCAGUUGCAGAGAAGUUUAAAAGGAGUCCAUACAGUUACGUCUGGGUAGCUGCAAAUAAACAACCAGAUCUUGAGAAGCAUGUGGGUGUUGGUGGGUAUGGUUAUCCAGCUUUGGUGGCCCUCAACCUUAAGAAAGCUGUUUAUGCUCCUCUCAAGAGUGCUUUUGAACUUGAACAUAUUAUAGAAUUUGUGAAAGAAGCUGGACAAGGAGGCAAAGGAAAUUUGCCACUGCAAGGCACUCCAGCCAUUGUAAAGACAGAACCAUGGGAUGGAAAAGAUGGAGAAAUAAUUGAGGAGGAUGAAUUUUCUCUUGAAGAACUAAUGGGGGAAGAUCCUUCAAGCAAGGAUGAGUUAUGAUCAAUUAAGAUGGGAAUUAUACCAAAUUAAAGUUUCUACCACCGAUUAUUAAAGCUAGCAGGCUAGGCGUUUCACAUGAUGAUUGUGCUCACUGUUCUGUUUUUUAUCCAUGUCCAAAGUUAAAGACCAGUCUAGUGAUGAGUGAUCUUAUGAGGAUUUUGAUAUGUCAUUCAGUGGUUCUGAUAUGUCUGAGAAAAAUGUUAGCAUGAUGAUUCCAUAAUUUUUUCCCCCUAUCAAUGAGCAUUCAGCCAACACAACAGUUUCAGACUUUAUAACAAAAGAUUUUUUUA